UCCACUGUCACAACAGGACUUUUGCUGGAUUUCAUUUUGUUGGAUAUCAUCUUCAUCCAACCAUGAGGGGUCAUUUCUCUAUUGAGUGGCUGGCCCAGAGUAGCCAGGCUUCCAGUAGCCCCUCCGCCCCCUCAGGGAUCUCACCUGGACCCAUCAACACCUCCGGGACACGCCCUGAGAGCCUCCCUGGGUUCUACUGCCAAAAGAGGACUGAGAAACAAGACUACCAGGCAAGAAGGGGACAAGGUCUCACUCCACAAAACAAUCCCGUGCUGGCAGGCCCUGAGACGGGCACACAUCCAAAGAGGAGCAGCUCCCUCCACCAAAUUCACAACCACCAAGUGUCUGAGCCUGGCCUUGUCAGUGUAACGGACGAAGAGGAAACCUCAGGGUAUGAGAGUGAAGGCGGGCGCUCACUAUCCCCCAUCGCCCCCCUGAACUGCACCCCCACUUCUCCCUCCCGGUCACCUCCCUCUCCCCCAGCGGGCCGGAGGCCACGCACAGUCUACACGGAGGAGCAGAUCAACAGUUUGGAGGUGGCCUUCAAGAGGAACGCUUACCUGGGUACUCAGGAAAAGGCCGAGCUCUGCAGUGGACUCAACCUCACAGACAAACAGAUCCGCAACUGGUUCCAGAACAGGCGUAUGAGAAUGAAGAGGAUGAUCCAGGAUGCCCUGGCCCAUGCGUGCCAAGCUAAAGUAGCUUCUCACCUGCUGCAUUACCCCUACCGCCCUGGUCCCUACCCAGCCUGCCACCCCCACCACGCGGGAAACGAGGGGGGAUCCGCUGCCCCAUUCCUCCACCCCCACUAUGGCUCCACCCCGGUCGGCCCAGGCCUGACAAGCCUCCCUACCCUGGACUCUUUCUAUCAGUACACCAGCCUCCCAAGCCUGGUGAUGCCCUCCACUGUGUCUAAUCCAGCACUGGGGCCUUACCAGACUUACACUCACCAGUAUUAG